AAUUGUAAUUGUUUUGAGAGUCGUCGCAGCUUUUUCUGCUGGCUCCAAGCUGAUCCAUGGAGGAUUGAGAUGUUUAGAACAUUAUGAAUUUCAUUUAGUUGGUGAGAAUCUUGCGGAGCGUGAAGUUUUGCUUGAAUUCGCAUCCCAUAUUGCUUUCCCAAUGCGUUUUUCGUUUAGAGUUUUUUGUUUCUGAAUUUAUAAUUUUUUCUUGAAAAAUUCGUAUUAAAUAAUAUUGCAGUUGUUGUACAAUGUUGUUGCUGGUGGUGAGCGGACUUUUUUUGAAUGUCGUAGUUUGAGCGGGAAUCUGUGGAACCGUUCUUCGUUCAUGUCGCCGCAUAGAUGGCGUUGAAGUUUUUAUUAUCCUUCUCUUUGCGCCAGCGACCACCUCCACUGGACUGGAGAGAUGGGACAGUAAUGCCGGAGGAUGAUUCACAUUAAAAGUCCAAAGAAAGUGUCCGGAAAAAAGUUUUUGGUGGCCAGAUCUUCGAACGGCAUUGCUAAACGGUCUUGAAUGUGUGCCGAGUGUCAGGACGGUUAAAAGGAUCGGCUGAACAGCGAUUUCUAGUUAUGUGAUUUCUCCAACUUUUCACCUUUUGAUAAGUCCCAAUCGUUGAUUUAUUUCGUUUUUUUCCGUUUGUCCCUGCGUUCGUCGAUUCUUAAGUUUCACCCCGUUGAAAAAUCCAACGUUGUCCUCCCUUCUCGCCGGUAAGCGAUUCGGCCAAUUUAUCAGCGACUUUUCCCGAGCAUAACCUAACGUGUCAUGAUAGGUGCGAACGAGAAAAGUUAAACAUCGAAGAGACGAUUACCCUCGGACGACGGGGCCUAUUAUGAUAUCCGAGCCGUGAAGUUUUCAUGUGGAACGCGUUUUCGCGUAUUUUCAACAAUAAGAGAAAAUCCAAGGGUCCACACUCGGAUGAAGAAGACUGCAUAAUGGAGAGGCUGGAAGGGAAGAAAUAUCAGGAAUCCGAAACGACCGGAACAAGACAGGCAAAGCAGAGGGCAACCAUAAAAUGGCUUCUUUCAAAAGCGUUCAACAACAGAGUACCCGAAAACCUCCAUGAGCAAUUCUAUCGGAAUCAUGAGGAUCAGGAACACCUUAGGCCUCAGCUUGUCCACUGCCUUGCAAACGCUGAACUCUACUGCAUGGCUUUGUCAAAUAUCUAUUCCGACCCAAAUUUCAACAACCUCAACCAUGGGGGCGUUCUCCAGGCUUUAGCGAGGAAAGGAGUCUAUAUCUCUGACCCUCACAUAACAGAGACUGUUCUAAUUCAGACAACUCCUAUCAAACUGAGUGCACACCAAGUUGUUAUGCAGGCUGUGAUGACGUUAUACGCAAAAGAAGUUGCGACACCGGAAUUUGUGUAUGCAGCUGUGAAAAGACUCAUGCCAGGUAGUGUAGACCAAGAGAUACCGCAGGACUAUGAAAGUGCGCUUCUUUUCUGGAUAAAUCAAGUAACAACAGCCCUUAAACUCAGGGCGGAUCAAGAGGAUUCGGAAAAGAGAUGCCCAGACUUUCCUAAAGCGAAACAACUUCAAGACCUUUGCGAUGGUGCUAGUUUAGCAGGCCUGGUUUCCUUCUAUUGUCCGGAAGAACUCCAUUGGUCGAGUAUAUGUGUGUCACAGCUUCCCACCGUCCCGGAUUGUGUUCGCAAUCUCACUCUAGUCAGCGAUUUCUGUCAAAAAGCGCUUCCUUAUAAUAUUUUUCAUAUGGCUCCCGAAGAUGUUUAUUAUAUGAGGGGAUCGAUGAAACACAAUUUAAUAGUCUUUCUUGCUGAUCUUUUUAAUGUGCUGGAAAUUCACCCUGCGCCAUGUGUCACAUUAAACAGUGCUUCUAGAAAUACAACAAAUGCGGAAGGUCGUAACCUCCAGGGUGUCGCUCACAAGAGGAGUCUUCCCCAGGCAGUCUCCGCAAUACCGGAUCUACGAAGUGGUUUAGACUCCCCUUCCUCCUUUUCAGGGACGCCUGUCUUGUCAUCUGGAAAUUUAAAGAAGAACCAUACAAAUCACCAUACAGAUCAAGGAGAUAAUAGUAGGUCAGGUGGGGAAGAAUUUGUGGUGCACAGGGGGCGUGGAGUUACCACCCUCAGUUCGGUCAUCGGCGGCAAUGAGUCUCCUAUACCGAACAACAGAUCGACAGAGCCUGCCGGCAUACCCACUAACUGGGAGCCGAGGAAGCAGUCGUUUGCCGGUCGCCGGUCGAGGAGAAAUUCCCUUUCGGAAGACUCCCAGCUGACCCUAGAAAACUUCGGCGGGUCGCAGGAAAACCUUCAUCUACUUGGGCGCAACCCUGACAAAGAACCUGCAGUUCAUUCAGGUCGGAGAGAAAGUAUAGCAAGAUCUAGUGUUUUAGACAACAACAGUGAUGCACUUCAUUAUGCACUGCAAGAAACUUAUGUAAAACAGCAAGCGCCAGAAACAAGUCCUAGAGUAGUUACCUUAACAAGGAAUAAUAGUUUUAUUGAAGGUCAAAGGAGGGCUGAGGAAACUAGAAGUAGUGCUGGCUUACAACAACUACUUCUAGACCCCAGCCCUUCACCUACUCUUGCUCCUCAAUCACCCCUUGAUACAAGGCCAGUUGAGAAGGAAAAGAAAGUAACAACAUUUGCUGCGUUACCAAACAACACGACAACUUGGCAGCAACAAUCUAUGGCAAAUCAGAACAACGAUCACCAAGACAAUGGAACAGACAUCCAAAUUGACAACACUGUCAUGGGAUCUCAGUUGAUGAAUAUUAGGCUCAAACUUGAAGAGAAGCGCAGGAGGAUAGAAAGCGAGAAGAGGAGGAUGGAAGCGCAGUUGAACCGUCAGAGGCAGAAAGUGGGAAAAGCUGCCUUUCUGCAAGCAGUCUCCAAGGGCAAGGUGGUGAAAUCGCCUGAUUCAGAUCCUGGCAGGGAGACCACGACAGAAACACCAGUGAAGGACUCCAAACCUGCCAGGCCGUUUUCCUUGCAGGACAUUACUGAGGUUGAACAAAAGUGGCUGUCUAAAGAAGGUUUUACGGAAGAAAGAAAGACACCAGAUAUGGAAAAUAUGGAUAUUGAAACUUAUCAACAGUCUAUUGCUCAAAUGAAUUCCAGUUUACAUGAAAUCCAGGCGGAUCUGCAAAGAUUAGCAAAUCAACAGAAUCAACUGCAGAGCAAUCAGAUUGUAAAUCAACCCGUCAACAUUCAGAACCUUCAACAGACGCCACCACCACAGCAACAACCGCAACAACAACAGCAGCAGCCGCAGCCGCAACAGCACAUGGCGCCGAUGCAGAGUUUUGCUUCAUUGCACCAGCAGAGCAAUUACAGCACGCAGCACAUCAACUUCAACAACCACACUCCAAACUUUCAGCAGCAGCAGCAGCAGCAGCAACAACCGCAGCAGCAGCCCAUUUACAGCAACCAACCGUACCAAAUGUCUCCGUUAGUCAACCAGCAGAUGCCACCACAUAUUAACCAGCAAUCCAGCAUGAACAGUCAUGAAUAUUUCAAUGGCGGAAGGCAGAUGAACUCUUUUAACAACCAACAACAGCAAAUGCAACAAAUGCACAGUUUAAUGUCUACUGCAAAUAGCCAGCAAGCUUUUAACAAUACCCAACAGUGGCACAGUCUGAGCCAACCUCAACAGCAACCCAACUAUGGGACUUAUUCUGCCAACACACGAUAUAACCAAGGAUUCACGUUACACAACUAUGAUGAAAAUUACACCAACAGGCAGGACAAAGGAGAGUUCUAUUUACACGAACCUCAGCCCCAGCAAAGGAGGAACUGGGGUCAGCCUUACACUCCCGAUACGAACACUUGGUCGAACCGUAUGGAACCGUCAUCGCUGAGCAGUUCUCCAAAGCAGGCUCAUUUCCUCCACAAUGGAAGUGGUGACACUGGGAAUUUCAGAAAUUCCUCAUCGCCUGCCUCGGCUCCGACACCACCUCCUAGAUCAUCUGUGAAUCACGCACCUCUGCCGACUCCUCCAGUCGAUGAUAUGGAGCCCCAGAGCAUAUCGUUUAUCGGCUCAGGAGAGGAUCAGGAACAGCUAACAGCUGGAUUGAGCAAAAUCAACAUAACAUCAGGCAACAGAACGUACAGGAUACCGUCACCAACUCGGAAUUACACGCCUAUUAGAAACUCUUUCUCCCAACAGCAUGAGAAAACUGAACAAGGGUUUUAUAUAUCAUUUGAUGAUACUAAUAACCAACCAAAGAGGCCGAAGCCUCCUCUUAGAACAAAACGAAAUUCGCCUAAAAAGGAACGAGCAUUAACACAAGUUUUAGACACUGGUAGUGUGACUUCAGCAGUACCACCUGAAAGCAAACCUAGGGUAACAAAUUCCCCACCACCUCAAGCUUGUCCUACACCUGCACCCCCAUCAAGAGCAAAAGACAUGGAACCCCGUGUCCCGACCCUGCCGGUUGCUGAGCCAAUCGUUAUCGGUAACCAGCCAGACCCGGGGACGUUGGACGAGAUGGAAAAGAAGAAGGAAAGGAUCUUGAUGAUGUCAUUACAAAGGAGGCAGGCUGCAGAAGAAGCCCGUAACGUGAAAGAAGCUGAAAUCGCUAGAAGAAGGGACCAGGAAAAGGCCAAAGAGGAGGAGAAGCAGAGAAAGAAAGAAGAAGAAAAGCGAAGAAGAGCUCAGAUUUUAGAACAAUAUAAAAUUAAAAAAGCGAUUGAAGAAGCCGAACGAGAAGGCAAACAAGUAGACAAAGAAUUAUUACAUUCUCUCAAGGCGACUAUACAUAGUCCAGGAACGGGUAGCUCAGGUGCUAAGAUGAGAAACAAACCCGGACAACCAACUAGGCCUCGUCCAAAAACGAUCCACAUUGAUUCUGGUGCUGAUGCCCAUGAUGGGACGAUGACGCCGAGCAGAGGGAAAAAAGGCUCCUCUUCAAACUUAUCUGCAUUUGGUACCCCAAUGCGGAGGGAUUACUAUCGAGGUUCUCAGGACUGCUUAACCGAAACUAGAAAGAAUUCCUCUCGUUUAUAUUCAGAAAUCGGCGAUGAGAGUAGAGGAACAUCUCCAGGAAGAUCUUUAGGAAGAAGGUCGUCCUAUAAAACAUCAAGAGAUGCAUCACCUGAAGUGAGAACGAUGGGACGUUCAAAGUACGGGACUUACCAGGCGAGACGCAAAUCUAACUCUCUCAUGAAUCUUGCUGGGUCCAGCUGUGACCAGGACAGUUUAGCGUAUCGCUACGGCGAUACCGAUUCAGGACUUGGGAGAGCUACACCGCCGCGGAGGGUACCUUCACCAUCCGGUCCCGGUUCACUGCCAGCUUCACACAGGCGAAGGUUCGACGACAACAUGUCAGAUGCUGGUAGUGAUUACACCGGUCCAAGACUUUAUAGACAACCUACAACUAAGAGUAAUAAGGGUAUCGUACUGAAUGCAGUUGAAUAUUGUGUAUUUCCCGGAGUUGUGAACAAAGAGGCGAAAAUGAGGGUCAUAGAAGAAAUGAAUAGGUCAGAAGCGAAGCAUUUUCUGGUCCUGUUCAGAGAUGCCGGUUGCCAGUUCAGGGCCUUGUACGCGUACUAUCCCGACACUGAAGAAAUUGUAAAACUCUACGGAACCGGGCCUAAACAAGUUACAGAUCGAAUGUUUGACAAAUUUUUUAAGUAUAAUUCUGGAGGAAAGUGCUUCUCACAAGUACAUACAAAGCAUUUGACAGUCACUAUAGAUGCUUUCACGAUUCACAACAGCCUGUGGCAAGGAAAGAAAGUCAAUCUUCCUAAUAAAAGGGAUAUGACAUUAGUCAUUUAGUCAGCUAACAGCUAUAUUAAAAAUAUUUAUACAUAAAAAACCAAUUUAAUUUUUGUUAAUUUAACCGAUAAAGAAACAAAUAACGAAAAUAACCUUUAUACAUAUUAAACUAAUUUGAUUUGUUAAACUUUGUAUAUAGCAUAUAAAUAUUUUUUCAAUUUAUUCUCAAUAUGAUGUACCUCUAGACAAAAGACAGCUUAAUAGCUUAUUAAUUGUACAUUGUAAGAAUUAAUGGACUAAUGAUGAUAUGUAUUUGAAACAUUGGAUGGAUAUUUUGAUUGUAAACAGAAAAAAAAAUCAAUUUUGCAUGUUAUCUAUCAAUUAGGAAUUGUUCAAAAUCUAUUUUGGAUCGUCGAAUGAAUAAUGUAUACAGGUUAUUGGCAAAAUAAAAGAGAUAUUAAUAAAAUAAAUUGUGUAUUGCACACUUACUAGAAAUAUUUUUUUAGAGAAAUGUUUAUUGUUUACCAAGUUUACGAACAAAUUCGAGACAAAAAAUAUAAAAUGAUAAUUAUAUAGUAAAUAAAGUUAUUUUUACAAAUUGGUUUUAAAUUGAUUAAUAUUUAAAUUGAGAGAGUUUAAAAGAAAUAUUUGUUUCUUAAAAAACAAAAAUGUUUGUUUUUAGAAAUCAAUACAAUUCAAAGGCUACAUUAAAAAUUUAGAAAAAUUUCAGUAUGUGACAAUAUAUAGUUCAUUGUGGAAUAAUCGAUAAAUAAAAAAACAACAAAACAUAAUACAACAAUAAAAAAAAAAGAAGCAACAUCACAAUUAGAAUAAAUAGCGUCUAGUUAUUUAUUUUGGCAAAUUGAAAGAAUUACUAGAAUUCAAAACAUGUUCCAAUUAAUAGCUGUGCCAAUUUAUUUUUCUGCUUUGAAAA